AAUCAGAGUUGCAUUAUGAGGAAUCACAAUUGCAGAGAUACAAAUGUCAUAAUGAAAAGGUUAUUAGUCUAUGAUUAGUGCCGCUGCCAGUAAGAUAAACCCAAUCACUCCAGAAAGUCUUACAUAAUGAGUCCAAUAUCAGGUCUUCAUACCACUACAUCUCGUACAAAGGUCAGCCAUAAAAACGUGGCACCUUGGCUUUGAAUAUUUCACUGUUUGAAACUCAGUGAGUCAUCUUACUCUUCAAGAAGAAGCUACUGUAUAAUCACAAAGUUUGUCGUGAUUUCUUUCAGAUAUUUGGCUGCAGGUUUCCAUUCUUGGGAAACGACAGCCAAGGUGAGAUAAGACUGAAGUAGUAAUACGACUUUAUACUUUAAAUGCCCCACCUCAGCCAUCCCCUCCGACUUCAGCGUGACUAUUUAAAGCUGCGUGCUUCAACAACAUCUCAUCAUUUACAGCGAGGCAGAAGUUGGACAUCACUGACUUUAUACCAGCGGACCCAAAGCAGCAUCAAGAGCAGAAACCAGCCGAAUAUUUAGAGAACUACUGAGUCGAGGAAACAGCUGAAUGAUGAGUGCUGCUCAGAAUCAAACAACACUGGAGUCCAGACUGGAGGCCCUGCAGUGCCACUUCACCUGGGAUCUGGACCCCAGCGAGUCCCUACUUUUACGUCGGAAGGACAACCUGGAGGACAUCGGCACCGAGGAGGGGAACAGCUGGCUGGGUCACAUUUACAACCUGCGGGGGUUCGUUCAGUACAAGCUGGGGUUCACCGAAGACGCCCAGAGUUUCUUCAACAAGGCUGCAGAGGCCUUCAGCAAGAUAAGAAACGCAGAUGAGGGUCCCUGGUUGGUGGUGAACUACGGGAACCUGGCGUGGCUGCACCACCACCUGGGAGACCAAGCAGAGAGUCAGGCUUACCUGUCAAAGGUCAACGCCCUGAUGAAUAAAUACCCAUCUCCAUCCCAGGACCAGCUCCAUCCAGAGAUCUACGCUGAGAAAGGCUGGACCCUGAUGAAGUUCAGCCCUGACAAAAAGCAGGCUGCAGAUUACUUCCAGAGAGCCAUCAGCAUGCAGCCGGACAUGGUGGAGUGGAACACCAGCUACGUCUUAGCCCUAAUGUAUGCUUCUAGUCACAGCGAGACAGUGGUGGAGGCUGACCUUCUGGAGAAAAUGAGACUCGCCAAGGAACAGGAUCCAGAGAACUUGUACCUCGCUGUUUACUACUUAAACCAAUGUGCUAAGAGAGGAGAAAAAAUCGAAGAGGAAGCAUGUGAGUUAGCCAAAAAGAUGUUGAAAAAUCCUGUGAGCAGCUACAGUGGUAUUAGACCAUUACUAAAAGUUUACAGUUGCUAUCUAUCUAUUGAUGAGGCCAUUAAAUUUGUAGAGGAGACUCUGAGAACCCAUCCAGAUGAGCGUUAUUUAAAGAGGUGUGCUGCACUCUGCUACAAAUGGAAGCUCACUUUUUUCAGGGACAGUCGCCCAGAGCAAAGCGUGAUAGACAGAGCAAUCAGUCUCCAUGAAGAGGUGAUUGCUCUUUACCCUCAUUCUUCAUUCAUUAGGAAAAUAUACCUUGCAAAUAUUUAUAAACAGUUUAAUAACAACCAGGUUAAAGCUGAGCAGAUAUACCAGGAACUGCUAGAAAGAGAUCUGGAACCUGCAGACAAACAGAUGCUCUACAACAACUAUGCAAAACAUUUAUACUACAACCGACAGUACGACAAAUCAACACGAAAUCACAUGAAUGCAGCAGCGAUAACGCAUCAAUCCUUCUAUCGUGAGAACAGCAUCACAACUCUGAAGAAGAACAGAGGCAGGAGCCACAUGUGGAGAGAAAUAGAGGUCUUCCUGGCAAACCUGCAAGAGCCAUAGUGUUUUUAAAAGCACUGGUUCUUAAUCCAGAAAUUGAUUACACAUCAGGAAAACCUGUUUCCUUCUGUUGGUCUGCUGGUCCAGAAGCAGCAACACCUUAUUCAGAAGGGAGCGUGCCUGUGUUCCCACAGCCCAAUGGUCCCACAUUUCUAAGAUUUUUGUAUUUCACACAGCCCUAUUUUAGUGGUUUUUGUCUUUAGAAGACAAUACUCUCUGAAAUGUGCUUUGAUUUCUGUAACAAAUAUAAAACUCUUGAUUGAUAAUGUGAUGUAUAAGCUGAAAGUCAUUUUUUUCCUUGAAUUUAAACCAAAGUUAAGAUGAUUUCAUGAUCUAUUUAUUAUUGGAGAACUUUAUUAGAGUCAUGUUAAAUUAUAUCCUUCUCUAUGAACACAUUUGUAACCCUUGUGUUGUCCUCUGGGUCAAAUUUGACCCAUUUUUAAUAUCGGAAUGAUAGGUUUCUUUGAAUCAAAUAGCCCCAAAAAUAACAUGAAUGCGUGGAUGUACAUUGUAUGGAAGCCAUGUAACAUUCAUGGCAGGCUAAUGAUUUCUUUCAUUGAAUUGUGGGUGUAGAUUUCUCAGUUUUAUAGCAUUUGAAAUAAACUGCGAUCCACUCAACAUCCUCUGAUCUUGACUAUCAGUCAAAUUAAUCAACAAGUUGUUUUUUUAAAACCAAAAAAUUGGUAUUAGG